AUGGAACCCUCUGAAUCAUUCGAUGCACAGAGGCGUCGUGAAGAAUGCGAAAGAAAAGCUCGACGUGGGGAAAUGGAUCCCCGUCUGGAAUUUGCAUUCCAGUUACUGAUGGAUGGUACAGGACUCCCAAGGCAUCAAAUUAUGGAUCAUAUAUUCGAAGGCAAUAUGCUUGACGAAAUCAAUCAGCUUUUUCUUCCUAACAUGCGUAACAAAUUGUUAUGGUUUUAUCAAGAAGUACAGGAACCUGAACAAGCUCAAGAUUUUUCAAGACCUGGCCCUUCUCGAACUACAAUUUCAUCGUCACGUACUCCGGUAACCGGGUCAUCUGCUAUAAGUACCACAAAAAGGAAAUUAUUUUUAACAGAUGGUUGGAAUUCGUCAUUCAAUGGUGUCUGUAUUUAUAUGUUUCGUAUCAAUAUAUCAAAACAACUUCCAGAAGAAGGUUUUCAUAAAGAUCUAUUUUGUGGAAUUAUUGAUGCUGAAAAAGUUGGACUGGUCACUUCUAUAGAGCGUAUUGUGGAAUUUAUUUUUAUGCAAGCACUUGCUUAUCCAAACAUUGAGAAUGAAGAAGAAGAAAUGAAUUGUAAUAUGAUAAAGCAGCAACUAUUGCCUGGAUUACGAUCUUUUUGUAGCGCAUUACGAGUUUGCGAGCAAGUGUGUACAAAGAAUAAUAUCUUUGAUGACGGAAAGGUUGUUGUUACCAAAGUUGACACCUUAACAGAAGUUAAAGAGUUGUCAAAAGCUAGCGAAAUUGUAACGGAACUCGAAGAACGGGUUACUAAUUGGAUGAAAAACAUAACAAAAGUCCUUAUGGAGAGUGAACAGCUUCGUCGUGAAAAUGAUUCGAGUGGACCCCAAGAUGAACUUGAAUAUUGGAAAAGACGUGGAGCGCAAUUUUCCCAGCUUCUCUCUUAUCUUCAAGAAAGAGAAGUGCAAUGGACACUCUACUGCUUAACUGUUAGUGGAUCUCGAAUGAUGAAGAAUUGGAAAGAAACAGACAAAAAAAUAACAUUUUGCUAUAACGAAGCACGAGACAACGCAAAAUUUAUUCAAGCUAUGGAGAAAUGCUGUCAUUCACUAUAUUUAGAUGAUCCAGUGAAUAUGCAAGAGUCAAUAUUGAGUCUUUUGCAAACUGUUCGUCUGAUUUAUUCCGUUUCACAAUUUUAUAAUAAUUCUGAGCGCACUUCAACUCUUAUGGUGAAAAUAACCAAUCAAAUGAUAGAAACUUGUAAAUCAUACAUCACUUGUCGAGGAAUGGAAACCAUUUGGUCUCAAGAUCGUAAUCUUGUUCGCAACAAACUUACAAACUGUUUGAAAUUAAAUUACAUUUAUAGAGAAACCUAUUAUAGUGUCAGAUCACAGCCUUUUCUUCCAGAUCAAGCACCUUUUGCAUUUUCUGAAAAUUUUGUAUUUGGAAAAUUUGACACAUUUUGUGAUCGACUAUCAAAAAUAAUUGCAAUGUUUAAUCUCAUUGAAGAUUAUAAUCACUUAUUUGAGCGUCGUUUAGAAGGAUUGUUGCUUGGUGAAGCAUUAGAAGAAGCAAUAAAUAGUUUUGAGGAGGCUAAAGAGGCUGUGCUUGUUAAAAGAUAUGAUUAUUUAGAUCACCACAAUUUAGAGUUCAACGAAGACUUUGAACUUUUCAUGUCAAAAACGAAUUCGUUAAAGGAAUCAAUUGCAUCUAUGAUUGAGAAUAAUUUCGAUUCAGUUUGGGAGACCCCACAAGGAAUCAGAUUUUUAAUACGAUUUGAAAAAGUUAGCACGAAAAUUCCUAUAAGAACAAUGAACGAAAAAUAUGAAAGAAUUCUUAAUUAUUGCGAAAAGGAAUUAGAUCGGAUUCUCAAACUUUUUAAAAAGCAACGAGAUGAUCCGCCACUUGAACGUUGCCUUCCUCCAAUAGCUGGGAGAAUCAAAUGGUGUCGUAGUUUGCAGGCACACUUAAAAGAACUCAUUAUGAAUAUAUCGUCACACCCAGUGCUUGUUAACCACACCAUCACAAAAAAUUUGGAGAAUCGCCAUAAUUAUGCAAAAGCUUUCAUCGCUGAGUAUGAACAGGAAAUGAUUCAAUUGUGGAUAAAUCAGGAUGUUUCAGUAGCUGAUGCUUGUUUAGUUCAGCCUGUACUGAUUGUGCAGAAUGACAAACUUAUCGUCAACUUACAUCCAACGAUACCUUUGUUAAUAAGGGAAUCAAAAUGUUUAGCGAAAAUGAAACUCGAAUUACCAAUCGUCGCAACUACACUUUUAUGCAAGCAACAUCAUUUUGACAAAAUUCAAGAUUCAAUGAACGACUUGAUUAAAAUGUAUUUUCGAGUAACAAAGUCCGUAAUUCAAGAAGUAAGACCAUUGUUCUUGCCUCAACUUGUGCGUUUGACCACAAUGCUGAAACCAGGAUUAAAGAUAAUAAAUUGGACAAAUUUUCAUUGGAUGGAGUUUUAUGAACAAUGUAAAGAGGGAAUCAAUACAUUUAAUAUUCUUGUUUCAAGAGUCAAUGAUAUCUAUUCCAACCGAAUCUUGUUCGUUUUAAACUCAAUGCAAGAGAUUUCACUUCAAACAUUACCAGUUGAGGGUGAGUUGUGGACUGUCCAGGAAUUCCUUGAGAAAAACGAAGACACAUGUCGCGCAGCAGCAAUUGAGCUUAAUCGCAAAAGCCAAAUGGUGGAAGAAGCUGUCGAAGAAAUUCUGAAUCUAGUUCAAAAAGCGAGCAUUGUUUUUCGAAACAUGAUCGGUCAUGAGAAUGAUUUAUUUGGUGAUGAAGAAGCUGGAGCGCACUCUGCUGAGUUGCAGAACGAAGAUCCUGGAAGUUCUAAUCAGCAACAAGAUUGGAGUUUACUUUAUUCCUGUUUCGAUAAUCCAUUGUCACUUUUUAUAUCAUACGAAAAUGGAUUACCAAAAGGCAUGCAAGACAUGGUAUUUAAUGCAAUCCAUGAAAUGAGACGGUACUAUAGUCGAAAAGUAAUCGAUGUAUUGAUUAAAGUAACACGAACUGCUUUGGAUUUGUUGAGAAGAAGAUUCGUAUCAGAGAUUAGUGAAGAGAUUAUUCAGAAGCCAAUUUAUAUCUGGCAAUUGAAUGCUAUAUUAAUGAUCCCAAAUAUCGCAAUUCGACCGAGCUUAGAUGAUCUACAAGAAGCACUUCUCCAAACGGGAAGAAAUAUUGUUAGUGUAUCAAAAGGCGUAGCUCAAUGGAACGCAGGUCGCAGAGAACAAGGUUGCACAACAAUUCAAAAUCCAAAAGGACCACGUGCAGCCGUUGCCAAUGAACGGGCAAACAGGCGUAGGGUUUAUCGUGUUAUGUCAGAACAACGACCUCAAAUUCCACAUAUGACGAAAAGCUUCUACAGCUUCGUUAUGGAGAAUAAAGAGGUUGUGAAAACUUUAUCUCUUCUCUCAACAUGCACUAAAAAUUUGAAACUUGAAAUUACUGAAUUUGUUAAAAAAUGGAAGCCAUACAAUUUUUUAUGGAAGAGCGAUAAAACAGUUCGACAACUUCUGGAGUAUUGCUUAGUUGACUUUGAAGCCAAUCUUCGUUAUUUAACUGAACUCGAUGCGAAUUUGUCCAUCGAACCAGACAUUGAAAAUUUUCCAACAUCCUGUGUUGCAUUAUCUACAGAUAAGCUUAAAUUUGGACUUAAUAUCGAAAUUAAAGCAUUUAAACAUAAAAUUGGGCAAGCAAUGAAAAAAAAAUACAAACGUGAGAUGGAUUACGUAUAUGCUGUAAUAAACGAAAUGGAUCGCAAACUUGAUAGGCCUGUGAGAGACCUCGAUGAUAUAAGAAUGGUUAUGGAUACUUUGGGAAAGAUUCGAGAGCAAGAAGUUGACAUGGAACUCAAAAUAAAUCCUAUUGAAGAUGCUUUUAGCACGCUCUCAAAAUAUGAAAUUCCAAUUGAAAAGGAUAAUAUGGAGCUUGUAGAUAAUUUAAGGAAUACGUGGUUUAAACUAAAGAACCGGGCACUGGAUACACAUUGCAAGCUUCUUGAAAUGCAGCCAGUUUUUCAAGAAGAACUCACACAGAACCUUGAAAAGUUCAAAAAUGACAAAAUUGAUUACGUCAAUGAAUACAACAACGCUGGUCCUAUGCAACCGGGCCUUACACCAAGAGAAGCUUCUGAUAAAUUAAUUCUUUUUCAGAAUCGAUUCGAUGGAAUGUGGAGACGAUUGCAACUUUUUCAGAACGGCGAAGAACUAUUCGGUCUUCCUCAAACAGAUUAUCCGGAACUUGCACAAAUUAAGAAAGAAUUAAAUCUUCUUCAAAAACUCUAUAAACUUUAUAAUGACGUCAUUGAUCGUGUUUCAAGUUAUUAUGACAUUGCAUGGGGUGACGUUGAUAUCGAAGAGAUCAACAAUGAACUCAUGGAAUUUCAAAAUCGUUGCAGAAAACUUCCAAAAGGUUUAAAAGAGUGGCCAGCAUUUCAUGCUCUUAAACGGACUAUAGAUGACUUUAAUGAUAUGUGUCCCCUUUUGGAAUUGAUGGCAAAUAAAGCCAUGAAACCACGCCAUUGGCAGAGAAUCAUGGAAGUCACUAAAUAUACGUUUGAGUUUGACAGUGAUUGCUUCACGCUAAAAAAUAUUCUAGAAGCACCACUUUUAAAGCACAAAGAAGAUAUUGAAGACAUUUGCAUUUCAGCAAUGAAAGAAAAAGAUAUUGAAGCUAAACUGAAGCAAGUUACAAAUGAAUGGUCAGGGCAUGAACUCAAUUUUAUGUCAUUUAAUAAUCGUGGUGAACUUUUACUGCGUGGAGACACCACAGCUGAAACGAUUGGUCAACUUGAAGAUUCUUUAAUGGUUUUAGGAUCUUUAUUAUCCAAUAGAUAUAACGCACCUUUCAGAAAGCAAAUUCAACAAUGGGUCUACGAUUUGUCGAAUUCAAAUGACAUUUUGGAGCGUUGGCUUCUUGUCCAAAAUAUGUGGGUUUAUCUUGAAGCUGUUUUUGUUGGGGGUGAUAUUGCCAAACAGUUACCAAAGGAAGCUAAGCGAUUCUCUAAAAUUGAUAAAUCGUGGCAAAAAAUUAUGCAAAGAGCUCACGAAACACCUGGCGUUAUUGCAUGUUGUGUCGGUGAUGAUUUAUUGAAACAAUUAUUACCACACUUGCAGGAGCAACUAGAACUUUGUCAAAAAUCACUGAGUGGUUAUUUAGAAAAGAAGCGUAUGAUGUUUCCACGAUUUUUUUUCGUUUCGGACCCAGCAUUAUUGGAAAUAUUAGGACAAGCCUCAGAUCCACAUACAAUUCAAAAUCAUUUAUUAUCAAUUUUUGACAAUACGAGAUAUGUAAAAUUUCAUGACGUUGAAUAUAAUAAAAUGGUUGCAAUCAUUUCAUCUGAAGGCGAACAAAUAGCACUUGACCGAGCGAUUCGGGCAGAAGGUUCUGUUGAAACUUGGCUAACAUCUCUUCUGCAGUCGGCACAGUCUUCCUUGCAUUCAAUUAUUCGACAAGCAAACAUUCAGAUCAAUGAUCCAAACAUUCAGACUCUAAUUUUCUUAGAAAAAAUGCCAGCUCAAGUUGGUAUUCUCGGUAUACAGAUGAUUUGGACUCGUGACAGUGAAAUAGCAUUAAUGCAAUCUCGUCACGAGAAAAAGAUAAUGUCGGAAACAAACAACAAAUUUUUGGAACUAUUAAAUAUGCUUAUUGAUCAAACGACAAGAGAUUUGGCUAAAAUUGAUCGCAUAAAAUUUGAGACAUUGAUUACUAUUCAUGUUCAUCAAAGAGACAUUUUUGACAUCCUGUGUCGCAUGAAUAUCCGAUCUGCUAAUGAUUUUGAAUGGCUGAAGCAGGCUCGUUUCUAUUUCAAAGAGGAUUUGGAUAAAACUUGGAUGUCGGUGACUGAUGUAACGUUUACAUAUCAAAAUGAAUACCUGGGAUGUACAGAGAGACUUGUAAUAACACCUUUAACUGAUCGAUGUUAUAUAACUUUAGCUCAAGCCUUGGCUUUAUGUAUGGGCGGAGCACCUUGUGGACCGGCUGGUACUGGUAAAACUGAAACUGUCAAGGAUAUGGGAAAAACUUUAGGGAAAUAUGUCGUGGUUUUCAAUUGUUCUGAUCAAAUGGAUUACCGUGGCUUAGGAAGAAUUUACAAAGGUCUUGCUCAGUCAGGAACGUGGGGAUGCUUUGACGAGUUCAAUCGAAUUGAAUUACCUGUUUUGUCAGUAGCCGCACAACAAGUUGCUGUAGUGUUAACCGCUAAGAAAGAUAAACGUAAAAGCUUUGCUUUUACGGAUGGAGAUAUAAUAGAUUUGAAUCAUGAGUUUGGCAUUUUCAUAACAAUGAAUCCUGGAUAUGCAGGUCGAAAAGAAUUGCCAGAAAAUUUGAAAAUUCAAUUCAGAACUGUUGCAAUGAUGGUACCUGAUCGACAAAUCAUUAUAAGAGUUAAGCUGGCAUCUUGUGGAUUUUUGGAAAACAUUACACUGGCUCGCAAAUUUUAUACACUUUAUAAGCUUUGCGAGGAACAAUUAACUAAACAAGUACAUUACGAUUUCGGGUUAAGAAAUAUUUUAUCGGUAUUGAGGACAUUGGGAACAUCUAAACGAUUUAAUAGUAAAGAUUCUGAAAGUACAAUAGUGAUGAGAGUUCUAAGAGAUAUGAAUUUGUCUAAGCUCAUCGAUGAAGACGAGCCAUUAUUUCUUUCCUUAAUUUCUGAUCUGUUUCCAAAUCAAUCUCUUGAAAAAACAACUUAUGCUGAACUUGAAAUGGCUAUUGGGCAACAAGUUGAUGAAGCAGGUCUUAUUAAUCACCCUCCAUGGACUCUUAAACUGAUUCAGCUUUAUGAAACACAAACAGUUAGGCAUGGUAUAAUGACACUUGGCCCUUCAGGUGCGGGGAAAACCAAAUGCAUUCAUACACUUAUGAAAGCACUGACAAAAACGGGAAAAGUUCACAAAGAAAUGAGAAUGAAUCCAAAAGCUAUAACUUCAUCUCAAAUGUUUGGUAAGCUUGAUGUUGCUACAAAUGAUUGGACUGAUGGCAUCUUCAGUGCCAUGUGGAGGAAAACUUUGAAAAUGAAAAAGCAAGAAAAUAUUUGGCUCGUCCUUGAUGGUCCGGUAGACUCGAUAUGGAUUGAAAAUUUGAAUUCUGUUCUUGAUGAUAAUAAAACGUUAACACUUGCAAAUGGAGAUCGUCUAGCAAUGUCACCAUAUUGUAAAAUCAUUUUUGAACCACAUAACAUCGAUAAUGCAUCACCAGCUACAGUUUCACGUAAUGGUAUGGUUUAUAUGAGUUCGUCAGGUCUGGAUUAUACUCCAGGAUUAGGAUCUCCAGUUUUAACUGCCUGGCUGAAAACUAGAAGCGCUAGAGAAAAAUCAGUUUUCUCUGAACUUUUUGAUCAAUCGUUUAUACAAAUCUAUACAUGGGGAACACAAAAUUCUGAUUUUAUGAUGGAAGUUCUACAGUGCAACAUAAUUCAACAAAUUCUUGCUAUACUCGAUGGUCUUAUACCAGUCUCAAAAGAUAAUGAACAUACUGCGACAAUAUCUGUUGCUGGAAGUAAUGAAGAUGAUCAACUCGAAGAGGAUGAUCAAUUGAAAAUCGAGGUAGCAUCACCAGAACACCUUCAUCGUCUCUACAUAUUCGCGUUUGCCUGGAGUUUAGGAGCAUUAUUGUCUUCAGCAGAUCGAAUCAAAAUGGACGAAUUCAUGAAAAGUCGUUUUAAAGAUUAUGACUACCCAAAAGAUAAUGAGAAUCGUGACUCAACUAUUUUUGAUUUCUUUGUUGCACCGAACGGGUCAUGGGAACAUUGGAGAAAUUUGGUCUCGCAAUACGUUUAUCCAGAGACGGCUACGCCAGAAUUUUCUUCAAUUCUUGUUCCAAUUAUUGACAAUGCUAGAAUUGAAUAUUUAAUUGGAACUAUUGCUAAUCAAGAACGAGCAGUAUUACUGAUUGGUGAGCAGGGGACUGCCAAAACUAUAAUGAUAAAAAAUUAUAUGAAAAAAAUGAAUCCUGAUACUUACAUGGGUCGAUCGUUUAAUUUUUCAUCUGCGACAUCACCGUAUCAAUUCCAAAAAACAAUUGAAAGUUACAUAGACAAGAGACUUGGCAAUACUUUUGGGCCUGCUGGUGGUAAAAAACUUAUUGUUUUUAUUGAUGACAUAAACUUACCUCAUAUUAAUGAGUGGGGGGAUCAAGUGACAAAUGAAAUUGUUCGACAAACAAUGGAUAUGAAAGGAUUCUUUAAUCUUGAGAAACCUGGUGACUUCACUAAUAUUGUUGAUGUACAAUUUAUUGGAGCUAUGGGUUUGCCUGGUGGUGGAAGAAAUGAUAUUCCUUCGAGAUUGAAACGCCAGUUUUGUAUUUUCAAUUGUAAUGUUCCUGAUGACACAUCUAUUGACACCAUUUUUAGAACAAUUGGCGAAGGGCAUUAUAAUGCAAAGCGUGGCUUUCUACCUGACGUGAGAAAACUUGUUAAAAAACUCAUACCUAUAACACGUUUAUUAUGGCAGGCAACCAGAGAUAAACUUCUUCCAACACCAGCGAAAUUUCAUUAUGUAUUUUCUCUUCGAGAUUUAAGUCGUAUUUGGCAAGGUAUGAUAGGAACAUUAUCAACUGUUAUAGUUAAUGAAGGAGUCAUGAUUUCACUAUGGAAAAAUGAAUCUACACGAGUGUUUGCGGAUCGAUUCACAUCAUUUGAUGACUAUAAUUGGUUUGCAAAGGAAUUGAUAACGAUUGCAACAAAUGAAUUAGGAGAAUCUUAUAACCAUAUGUUAAUGCCUAGUCCAGUGUUUGUAGAUUUUAUGAGAGAUGCUCCAGAACCAACAGGCGAAGAAGGAGAAGAAACUGAUAUGGAACUUCCAAAAGUUUAUGAGCCUGUUUCAGAUAUCGACUUUUUACGGGACAGAUUGAAAAUGUUUCUCGUUCAGUUCAAUGAGAUGGUUAGAGGCGUUGGAAUGGAUUUAGUCUUUUUCCCAGAUGCAAUGCUUCACUUAGUUAAAAUUUCACGUGUAAUUCGGCACCCACGAGGAAAUGUUAUGUUAGUCGGUGUGGGUGGAUCAGGCAAACAAUCUUUAACCAAACUUGCAUCAUUCAUUGCUGGCUAUAAAACAUUUCAAAUUAGUUUGACGCGAAGUUAUAAUGUUGCAAAUUUUUUGGAGGACUUGAAAUUACUUUACCGAACCUGUGGUGUGCAAGGAAAGGGCACAACUUUCAUAUUCCAAGAUUUAGAUGUAAAAGAAGAAAUCUUUUUGGAAUACUUAAAUAAUAUUUUAUCAUCAGGUGUAAUUUCAAAUUUAUUUAAUCGCGAUGAACAGCAAGAAAUCAUCUCGGAAUUAACGCCAAUAAUGAAACGUGAAAAUCAAAAACGUACAAUCAACCAAGAAACCGUGAUGGAAUAUUUCUUACAGCGAACUUGCUACAAUUUACAUGUCGUUUUCUGUUUUUCUCCAGUUGGUGACACUUUCAGACGUAAAAUUUCUAAAUUUCCAGCUCUAAUAUCUGGCUGUACCAUUGACUGGUUCCAGCCGUGGCCAAGAGAUGCGUUAAUAAUGGUAGCAGAACAUUUCCUUACUGAUUUUGAAAUUGAAUGUUCAGUCAAUGUGAAAAUAGAAUUAGUGAAAGCUCUUGGUACUAUCCAAGAUGGGGUUUCGGACACUUCAGUAGAGUAUUUCCAAAGAUUUCGAAGAGCAACUCAUGUUACACCAAAGUCAUAUCUUAACUUUAUUGCUGGUUACAAAAAUAUUUACACAUUGAAAUAUAACGAACUUUGCGAAGGUGCAGAGAAAAUGGAUACAGGAUUAGAAAAACUUGCAGAGGCUUCUGAAUCAGUUGAAAUCUUAAAAAAAGAUUUGGCAGUAAUGGAGACUGAAUUAGCCGAAGCUUCAUUGAAGUCAGAGCGAGUAUUAGUAGAGGUUACAGAACGUGCAUCACAAGCUGAAGCAGUCAAGAAUCAAGUUAUGAUUGUAAAAGAAAAGGCUGAAGCACUUGUCACAAAUAUUGCAGCUGAGAAAGCUCUUGCAGAAGAGAAACUUGAAGCUGCGAAACCUGCAUUGGAAGAAGCUGAAGCAGCUUUGAAUACAAUUAAACCUGCUCAUAUUGCCACAGUUCGAAAACUUGGUCGACCACCUCACUUAAUUAUGAGAAUUAUGGAUUGCGUGCUAAUUUUAUUUCAAAGAAAGCUUCAUCCAAUUAUUCCAGAUACAUCUGCACCAUGCCCUAAACCUUCAUGGCAUGAAUCGCUUAAAAUGAUGGCAUCUACAACUUUCCUUCUUCAACUGCAGAAUUAUCCAAAAGAUUCUAUAAAUGAUGAAAUGAUUGAACAUCUAACACCCUAUUUUCGAAUGGAAGACUACAAUAUGGAUACAGCCAGGAGAGUCUGUGGUGAUGUUGCUGGUUUGCUUUCGUGGACAAAAGCUAUGAGCUUCUUUCAUGGAGUCAAUAAAGAAGUAUUACCAUUGAAGGCUAACUUAACUAUGCAAGAAGCUCGAUUAAAGUUGGCUAUGGAAGAUUUAUCUGCCGCUGAAAGUCAACUUGAAGAACGUGAACAAUCUUUGCAACAAGUGAAGAAUUUGUAUGAUGCAGCAGUUCAAGAAAAGCAAAGACUUACAGAUGCUGCGAAUGUCUGUCUUCGUAAAAUGACAGCAGCCACUGCGUUAAUUAAUGGCCUAGGUGGAGAAAAAAUUCGUUGGACCCAACAAAGUAAGGAAUUUAAGGAACAAAUUGGAAGACUAGUAGGUGACGUGCUAUUAGCAACAGGAUUUUUAUCUUACUGCGGUCCAUACAAUCAAGACUAUCGCUCCACUCUUAUGAAAUUUUGGAUGCAAUUGCUUAAAGAUAAGAAGAUCCCAUACACAAAAAACAUCAACAUCAUAAGUAUGCUUGUAGAUAAUGCAACUAUCUCAGAAUGGACUCUUCAAGGACUUCCAAAUGAUGAACUGUCAGUUCAAAAUGCAUUAAUUGCCACUAAGAGUAGCAGUUACCCCUUACUUAUUGAUCCUCAAGGGCAGGGAAAAUUAUGGAUUAAAACGAAGGAAGAUCAAAAUGAAUUACAAACAACAUCUCUAAAUCACAAAUAUUUCCGAACUCAUUUGGAAGACAGUCUAUCACUUGGACGCCCUCUGCUAAUUGAAGAUGUUGGCAUUGAACUUGAUCCAGUUAUUGACAACGUAUUGGAAAAGAACUUUAUAAAAUCUGGAUCUAUUGAAAAAGUUUUAGUGGGUGACAAAGAAUGUGAUGUUAUGCCAGGUUUUAUGAUUUAUAUCACAACAAAGCUUCCUAAUCCCAUGUUUAGUCCAGAAAUCAGUGCUAAAGCAUCAAUUAUCGACUUUACUGUAACAAUGCGUGGUCUUGAAGAUCAAUUGUUAGGUCGAGUUAUUCUCAUGGAAAAAUCAGAACUAGAGUCCGAACGUGUAAGUCUUUUUGAAAGUGUCAUGAAAAAUCAAAGAAGUAUGAAGGAACUGGAAGCAAAUUUACUAUGUCGUUUAACUGCAACAGAAGGAUCUCUUGUGGAUGAUGAAGCUCUUAUAGAAGUUUUGCGAGAAACUAAAACCACAGCAGAGGAAGUAAAUCAAAAACUUCAAAUAUCAGAAAUAACUGAAAAAAAAAUUAUGAUAGCCCGAGAGGAAUAUCGAGCAGUAGCAACGCGAGGCUCGAUACUUUACUUUCUUAUUGUAGAAAUGAGUAACGUCAACAUCAUGUAUCAGAAUUCACUUAAGCAGUUCCUCAAUAUUUUCGAUAACUCAAUAACAAAAUCAGCCCGCAGCAAUAUAACGGAAGAAAGAAUAAAUAUCAUUUUAAGAUAUUUGACGUAUGAAGUUUGGGCGUUUACAAGCAGAAGUUUAUAUGAAAGACACAAGCUGCUGUUCACUCUUAUGUUAGCAAUUAAAAUUGACUAUCACAAGGGUGUCAUAACUCAUACAGAGUUUAUGUCAUUCAUUAAAGGCGGUGCUUCACUUGAUUUAAAUGCAGUAUCACCAAAACCUUUCAAAUGGAUUCUUGAUAUAACAUGGCUCAACCUUGUUGAAAUUUCUAAGCUAAAGCCUUUCAAUGACGUUUUAAAGAAAAUUGAAAACAAUGAGCGUGAAUGGAAAAUUUGGUAUGAAACAGAGAAACCUGAACAAGAAGAAAUACCUUGUGGGUAUAAUGCUCUCGAUGUUUUCCGUAAAUUAAUAUUGAUUAGAAGUUGGAGUCCAGACCGAACUAUUUCACAAGCGAGAAAGUACAUUGAAGAAUCAUUGGGACCCGAAUACAGCGAAACUCACAUUUUGGAUUUAGAGAUUACUUGGGAAGAGUCUGAACCUCGAACACCUCUGGUUUGCAUUCUUUCUAUUGGUUCCGAUCCAACAAAUCAAAUUAUAUCUCUUGCAAAAUUAAAAAAUAUUUCUAUUAAAGCUGUUUCUAUGGGACAAGGUCAAGAAUAUCACGCUCGCAAAAUGAUCUCAGAAUGCAUGGUAGAAGGUGGGUGGAUUUUACUUCAAAACGUGCAUUUAUCGCUAAAUUUUUGUGCUGAAAUAAUUGAUAUUCUGAUUGAAACUGAACAUGUCCAGGAAAAUUUUCGUCUUUGGGUAACCACAGAAGUACAUCAAGACUUUCCAAUUGGUCUACUCCAACUUGCAAUUAAGUUCACAAAUGAACCACCGCAAGGUAUUAGGGCAAGUAUGAAGAGAACGUAUCAAACUUUUACACAAGAUUAUUUGGAUUACACGUCAGCCAUACAGUGGCCACCUCUUUUGUACACUGUUCCUGUAACAAAAAAUAUUCAAAAUUACGUUGAUUACAUCAAUUCUCUUCCUAUAAAUGACACACCCGAAGUCUUUGGCCUUCAUGGUAAUGCAGAUAUCACAUAUCAAAUUAAUACAGCAAAAGGAAUACUAGAUACAAUUCUAAGUGUUCAACCUAAGGAAAGUGGUGGUGGAAGCGGCGAGUCACGGGAAAACAUAGUUUACCAGCUUGCAGAUGAUAUGCUAAGGAAACUUCCUCCACAAUAUAACUCAUUUGAGGUGAAAGAAAAUUUAGCGAGGAUGGGCGCAUUGCUACCUAUGAAUAUUUUCCUAAGACAAGAAGUAGACAGAAUGCAGAAAGUCAUCAGAACCGUUUUUACAAAUUUAAAUGAUUUGAAACUUGCAAUUGAUGGAACUAUUGUAAUGUCACAAUAUUUGAAGGAUUCUCUUGAUGCCAUGUAUGAUGCUAGGAUUCCCGAACGUUGGCAAAAAAUAUCAUGGGAAUCUACAACGCUUGGUUUCUGGUAUACCGAGUUAUUAGAACGAAAUGCUCAAUUCCGAACAUGGUGCGCUAGUGAUAGACCAAAGGUCUUUUGGAUGACGGGAUUCUUCAAUCCACAGGGUUUCUUGACUGCAAUGCGUCAGGAGGUUACUCGAGCGCACAAAGGUUGGGCUUUGGAUUCUGUUGUGCUACAGAAUCAAAUAACCCGUUAUAGCAAAGAAGAAAUUCAUGAUCCGCCAAAUGAAGGAGUUUAUGUUUACGGGUUGUUUUUAGAAGGAGCAUCGCUUGAUAGACGUUCUGGAAAACUGAUUGAAUCAAAACCAAAAGUUCUUUAUGAACAAAUGCCAGUUAUUUACAUUUACGCAAUAAAUACAACUGCA